AUGGAGCAGGUAGCCUUUGACUGCUCGGAAUUUGGAAAUGGAUCAUGCCCAGAGAAUAACAGGCCAAUAGGUAUUCGAACUGCCAUGUAUCUAUUUAUGUCUGGGGCUAUCUUCAUUACUAUUUUUGGAAACCUUGCUAUGAUUAUUUCUAUUUCCUAUUUCAAACAGCUUCAUUCUCCAACCAAUUUUCUCAUCCUUUCCAUGGCAAGCACUGACUUUCUCCUGGGAUUCAGCAUUAUGCCCUACAGCAUGAUCCGGUCUGUGGAGAACUGCUGGUAUUUUGGAAUCCUUUUCUGCAAGAUCCAUUACAGCUUUGACUUGAUGCUAAGCAUAACAUCAAUCUUCCAUCUUUGUUCUGUAGCUAUAGACAGGUUUUAUGCCAUAUGCUACCCUUUGCAUUAUUCUGCCAAAAUGACCAUUUCAGUAGUAAAGAGGUUGCUAUUUCUUUGUUGGUCGGUACCAGGAGCAUUUGCUUUUGGGGUGGUUUUCUCUGAGGCAUAUGCUGAUGGAAUAGAAGGCUAUGAUGUUCUGGUUGCAUGUUCCAGUUCUUGCCCAGUGAUGUUCAACAAGCUAUGGGGCCCCACUUUGUUUAUGGCAGGCUUCUUCACCCCAAGCUCUGUGAUGGUAGGAAUUUAUGGCAAAAUUUUUGCCGUAUCCAAAAAACAUGCUCGUGCAAUCAACGCCAUCCCUGAAAAUCAAACUAGCCAAAUGAAGAAGGAGAAGAAGGCAGCCAAAACCUUGGGGAUAGUGAUGGGCGUCUUCUUGUUAUGCUGGUUUCCUUGCUUCUUCACAAUUUUACUUGAUCCAUAUUUAAACUUUUCUACUCCUGCAGUAUUAUUUGAUGCUUUGACCUGGUUAGGCUAUUUCAACUCCACAUGCAAUCCUUUGAUAUAUGGUUUCUUCUAUCCUUGGUUUCGCAAAGCAUUGAAGUAUAUUCUCCUUGGUAAAAUAUUCAACUCACAUUUUCACAAUGCUAAUUUGUUUCCUCAGAAAGAAUCUGAAUAG